GCCGCUCUCCUGCGUCUACCUCGUUGGUUUCCUGUCACCAUGGCGCUGGCCGUCUUGCGGGUCCUGGAGCCCUUCCCGACCGAGGCACCCCCGUUGGCCGUGCUGCUGCCCCCCGGGAGCCCGUGGCCUGCGGCGGGGCUGGGCCUGGUGUUGGCCCUGCGGCCCGCAGAGGAGAGCCCCGCAGGGCCGGCGCUGCUAGUGGCGGCCCUGGAGGGGCCGGGCGCGGAGACCGAAGAGCAGGGUCCAGGGCCCCCGCAGCUGCUGGUUAGCCGCGCGCUGCUGCGGCUCUUGGCUCUGGGCUCCGGGGCGUGGGUGCGGGCGCGGCCCGUGCGGCGCCCUCCGGCGCUGGGCUGGGCGCUGCUUGGGACCCCGCCGGGGCCCGGGCUGGGACCGCGAGUCGGGCCGCUGCUGGUGCGGCGCGGAGAGGCCCUGCCAGUGCCCGGACCGCGGGUGCUGGAGACGCGGCCGGCGUUGCAAGGGCUGCUGGGCCCAGGGACGCGGCUAGCUGUGACUGAGCUCCGUGGGCGGGCCAAACUGGGUCAGGAGGCUGAGCACAGCAGCCGGCCCCCACCCCCACCCGUGGUGUCCUCCUUCGCGGUUAACCACUCAGUCCGGCGACUCCGGGGAGUUCUGGGAGGGACUGGCGAUUCACUGGGGGUAAGCCGGAGCUGUCUCCGUAGCCUGGGCCUCUUCCAGGGCGAAUGGGUGUGGGUGACCCGAGCCGGAGAGUCGUCGAACACUUCCCAGCCACAUCUGGCCAGGGUGCAGGUCCUAGAGCCUCGCUGGGACCUGUCUGAAAGGCUGGGACCCGGCUCUGGGCAGCCGGGAGAGCCCCUCGCUGACGGACUAGCCCUCGUGCCUGCCACUCUGGCUUUUAAUCUCGGCUGUGAUCCCCUGGAAGUGGGAGAGCUCAGAAUUCAGAGGUACUUGGGAGGCUCCAGCACCCCUGAAGACAAAGGAAGCUGCUCAGUGCUGCCUGGGCCUCUGUUUGCCAAAGAGUUACACAUCGAAAUUGUGUCCUCUCCCCACUACAGCACCAACGGAAAUUAUGACCACGUUCUUUACCUGCACUUUCAGACACCCAGGGCAGUCCAAGAAGGGGAUGUUCUGUGUGUGCCAACAGUUGGGCAAGUAGAGAUCCUGGAAGGAAGCCCAGAGAAACUGCCCAGGUGGCGGGAGAUGUUUUUUAAAGUGAAGAAAACUGUUGGGGAAGCUCCGGAUGGGCCAACCAGCGCCUACUUGGCGGACACUGCUCAUACCUCUUUGUACUUGGUGGGCUCUACCCUGAGCCCUGUCCCAAGGCUCACUUCAGGAGAAUCCACUCCCUGGAACAGCUUGUCUCCUCCGGGCCUGGAGACCUUGGUGACUGAGCUCUGUGCUGCCCUGAAGCCUCGCCUCCAGCUGGGAGGUUCCCUGUUGACAGGAACCAGCAGUGUCCUUCUCCGGGGUCCCCCAGGCAGUGGCAAAACCACAGCUGUCACCGCAGCCUGCAGCCGCCUUGGGCUCCACCUGCUGAAGGUGCCCUGCUCUAGCCUCUGUGCAGACAGCAGCGGGGCUGUGGAGACAAAGCUGCAGGCCAUCUUCUCCCGGGCCCGGCGCUGCCGGCCUGUGGUUCUGUUGCUGACAGCCGUGGACCUUCUGAGCCGGGACCGUGACGGGCUAGGUGAGGACGCUCGUGUGGUGUCCACGCUGCGUCACCUCCUCCUCGAUGAGGACCCCCUCACCAGCUGCCCGCCCCUGAUGGUCGUGGCCACCACAAGCCAGGCCCGGGACGUGCCCGCCGACGUGCAGACAGCGUUCCCUCAUGAGCUGGAGGUGCCCGUGUUGUCAGAGGGGCAGCGGCUCAGUGUCCUGCGGGCCCUCACUGCCCACCUCCCCCUGGGCCAAGAGGUGAACCUGACGCAGCUGGCACGGCGGUGUGCAGGCUUCGUCGUAGGGGAUCUCUAUGCCCUUUUGACCCACAGCAGCCGGGCAGCCUGCACCAGGGUCAAGAACUCGGGGCUGGCAGGUGGCUUGAGUGAGGAGGAGGAGGGGGAGCUCUGUGCUGCUGGCUUUCCUCUCCUGGCUGAGGAUUUCGGGCAGGCACUUGAGCAGAUGCAGACAGCCCACUCCCAGGCCGUUGGAGCCCCCAAGAUCCCCUCAGUGUCCUGGCAUGAUGUGGGCGGGCUGCAGGAGGUGAAGAAGGAGAUUCUGGAGACCAUUCAGCUCCCUCUAGAGCACCCCGAGCUGCUGAGCCUGGGCCUCAGGCGCUCGGGUCUUCUGCUUCAUGGUCCCCCCGGCACGGGCAAGACCCUCCUGGCCAAGGCAGUAGCCACUGAAUGCUGCCUCACCUUCCUCAGCGUGAAGGGGCCUGAGCUCAUCAACAUGUACGUGGGUCAGAGUGAGGAGAACGUGCGAGAAGUGUUUGCCAGGGCCAGGGCCGCGGCUCCGUGCAUUAUCUUCUUUGAUGAGCUGGACUCGCUGGCCCCAAGCCGGGGGCGAAGCGGAGAUUCUGGAGGUGUGAUGGACAGGGUGGUGUCUCAGCUCCUGGCUGAGCUGGAUGGGCUUCACAGCACUCAGGAUGUGUUUGUGAUUGGAGCCACCAACAGACCAGACCUCCUGGACUCCGCCCUUCUGCGGCCUGGCAGAUUUGACAAGCUGGUGUUUGUGGGGGUGAGCGAGGACCGCGCCUCCCAGCUACGUGUUCUAAGUGCCAUCACACGCAAAUUCAAACUAGAGCCUUCUGUGAGCUUGGUGAACGUGCUGGAUCGCUGCCCUCCCCAGCUGACGGGUGCAGACCUCUAUUCCCUCUGCUCCGACGCCAUGACAGCUGCCCUCAAACGCAGGCUCCGGGACCUGGAGGAAGGGCUGGAGCCUGGGAGCUCAGCACUGCUGCUCACCAUGGAGGACCUGCUGCAGGCCGCUGCCCGGCUGCAGCCCUCGGUCAGCGAGCAGGAGCUUCUGCGGUACAGGCGCAUCCAGCGCAAGCUUGCCGCCCGCUAGGGGCCUCCCGCCAUCCGGGACCUGCCCGCCAGGGCUGGAGGUGCUUAGGUUAUCCCCACAGACGCCCAGCAAAGGGCUCCCUCUCUGCAUACUGCGGUUGCACCCAAAGGCCACCUACCUCCAGGAGACCCCCUCGGUGCCGAGUGGCCCCGCAAGAGCUCAGAGGGCGUCAUCCCCUGCCUACCUGUUUGUCCUUCCAGGCCAGCUCCAGCUCCAAGACUAAAGACCCUCUGCUCAGGAGGAGGAGCUUGGGCCUGGACGCAGCUCUGGGGAUUGCUUCCCCGCCACGCCCCAGUCUUGGCUGAAAAUAAAGUGUAUGCUGCC